AUGGACGACGACAGGAGCAGCAACAACCACGACGAGUCGGCGUUGGACGAGCUGCUACUCGACGACCCGGCAAUGACGCCACCGCCCCACUACUCGACGGCACCCUUGAGCAGCGACGAAAAGCGCGGGAGCAAGCACACCAUCUAUGAUUUUCUCGACGAAGUCGAAAUGAAGUCGGUGCAGCAACUGCAGCGCACACCGUCGAGUCCACUGCUGAGCAGCAGCAACCGGAUGCCGCCGCUCUCGUCGUCGGGCCGGUCGUCGACGGACUCGAACGUCUACUAUAAUGACAUCAAGGAGAAGCUCGUGACGCUCAACAUGGAGCUCCAGGACAAAACUCAGACAAUCGCCUUGCUCCAAGCAGCGCGUCGCAAGGACAAGGCCAAGCACACUGACAUGCUCGACGCAGCCGAAGCCAAGUUCAAGGCGCUACUAAAAGAGCAGCAGCUGCAAGCCGAGACAGACAUUGAGAAGCACUUGGACUUUGAACAAACGCUUGUCACGGACAAGAGUGACUUGGCGGCCAAGUGCGAAGCGCUCACAACCGAGCUACGCAAGCUGGAGACGCGGCUCGCUUCCGAGACCGCUGGCUUUGAGCGGCAAAUGAAGGAUGCCAAAGAGCGCUGGGCCGCGACGGAGAAGACGCGGCGUGACCAAUGGAUGGCAAAGAAGACGGACGAGAUCAAGAAAUCGACCAUCAAGGCGUUGGAGCCCGACGUGCAAGCCAUCAUGACCAAAUGCAAAGAGACAAUUCAAAAGGCUCAGGAUGCGGCCGCCGAAGAGAAGCGGAAGCUCCUGCUCCAAUUUGAAAAGGAGAAGGACGAGUACAUGCGGCGGGAGCGCGACGCAAACGAUAAGAAGCUCAUUGAAGCGCGCGAGAAGGAGCGCAGCAAGCUCAUGUUUCGCCUGGACGCGGCCGACGCAGAGCUCCAGCAACAACUCAGCGCCCAGCGCCGACGACUGCAAGAGGAAGCCGAGAAGGCCCGCGACGAGAUGGUCGCCGAGGUGCGGCAGCUCAAGCUGAUGCACGCCAAGGAGCUCGACGAGACGCGCGCGAUGGAGCGGCAACGCAUCGAGUACGACGUCCAGCAGCUUCAAAGAGACAAGGACGAGAUGGCCAAGCGCUACGACGUUGACGCGGCCAAUUUGCGCGACAAGUAUCAAGUCGACUUGGACGCUAUGACGAAAAGCAUGCAUGCCACGCUCCGCAGCGAGUUUGAACUGGAGAAGCGGCGGCUGGAGCAAGACAUGAUCGCGGCCCGGGAUGCCAAGAUCGAGCUCAUCCUUGACAAGCUCCAGGCCGAGACGCAGCGCAAGGUCGAGGCGGCCGAGAAGCGUCUAACGCUUCACUUUGAGGCCGAGACCAAAGAAUAUCAAAAGAAACUGCGCGCGGCCACCGACAUGGAGGUGGCGUGGAUGGACAAGAACCGCGAUCUCUUUGACAAGUGCGCCAAGCUCGAGAGCGACCGCGAGAAUCUCAAGACCAAGUACCACGAGCAAGCGACAGGGCUGCAGACCGCGCACGAACGCAUUGCACGCCUCCAGCACCUCCUCGACGAGGAACGCGGUCGAUUCAGCCAAGACGAGGCCCACCGUGCCCACCAGCUCGGCCAAGCCCGCGACGCGGCCGAGGCCGAGCGCCAGCGCCUCUCCGCUGUCGUGGACGAUCUCCAUGCCAAGCUCGACGCGGUCGAGGUCAAGUAUGGUCGUCAGCUGCAGGAGCUCAAGUCCAACCACGACGACCUUUUGGAGAAACUACACACGCGCGUCCGCGCGACGGUCGCCAAGAAGGACGAGACGAUUGACGCGCUGCGGGACGAGCUGCACUUGGCGCAGGUCCGCUUGACGAAAUGCGAAGCCAUCAUCAACGACCAGCGCGCGCAGCUCAUCAGCUAA